AUGCAUAUAUUGGUAGUUUUGUUUUUUGUCGCUAUUUCUUUGGUAUAUAUUUAUUUAAAACGACGUUAUUAUACCGAUCCUAAUGAUGGUAUUCCAGGAUUGCCACCGGAAUUGCUAUUUGGUCAUUCACGAUCGACCGGACUUUUAUCAGGAGAAGCUAUAUGCGUUAUUUUCAAUCGAUUACAACGACGCUUCGGUGAUGUUUUCACAUAUUGGUGGGGUUCCAAACGAAGUAUUGUUCUAAAUCGAGUUGAACAUGUUCAAUAUGUGUUAUCUAAUCGACAUAUAUAUGAACAAGGUUCAAUUGUAGCCGAUGGAUUUGGAUUGAUUGCUCCGUCCGGUUUGAUUUCUUUACAAGGUCAAGCAUGA